AUGGUCUUAGCUGACUUGGGACGCAAAAUCAACACUGCUUUGGUUGACCUGACAAAGGCACCAGUUGUUGAUGAAAAAGUACUUGAUGCUCUGUUGCGAGACAUCUGUGCAGCAUUACUGGCUUCAGACGUCAAUGUAAUGCUUGUUCAAAGACUACGAAAUAAUGUAAAGAAGAGUGUCAACCUUAAUGAGCUCGGCGGAGGUGCCAACAGAAAGAGAGUGAUUCAGAAGGCUGUUAUGGACCAGCUGUAUGAGUUGGUUGAUCCCGGUGUUCAACCAUACAAACCUAUCAAGCACAAGGCAAAUGUGUUUAUGAUGGUUGGUCUCCAGGGUGCUGGUAAAACUACAACUUGUACAAAGCUUGCUUCUUUCUACCAGCGCAAGGGUUGGAAGACUGCUUUGGUGUGCGCGGAUACUUUCCGUGCUGGUGCUUUUGAUCAAUUGAAGCAGAAUGCAACAAAGGCAAAGAUUCCAUACUACGGAAGUUAUACCGAAACCGAUCCCGUUGCUAUUGCCCAGGAGGGUGUCGACAAAUUCAAGGCAGACAAAUUUGAGAUUAUCAUUGUUGAUACCUCUGGUCGUCAUAAGCAGGAGGCAGAAUUGUUUGAGGAAAUGAAGCAGAUUUCUGCUGCUGUGGAACCAGAUUCUACUAUUUUUGUGAUGGAUGGUACCAUUGGUCAAGCUGCCGAUGGUCAGGCUAGAGCUUUCAAGGAAGCUGCCAACUUUGGUUCCAUUAUUAUGACUAAGAUGGAUGGACACGCCAAGGGUGGUGGUGCUAUUUCUGCUGUUGCUGCCACAGAUAGUCCUAUUGUAUUUAUUGGUACCGGUGAACAUUUGCAUGAUCUUGAUCGCUUUGAGCCCAAAUCAUUUGUCAGAAAGAUGCUUGGUAUGGGCGACAUGAGCGAUCUUGUUGAGAAGGUUCAAGACAUGAAGCUCGACGAAAACAAGAAUCUGAUGAAAAAUAUCCAGUCUGGCCAGUAUUCCCUUCGCGAUAUGUAUGAUCAAUUCCAGCAAAUCUCGAAAAUGGGUCCUUUGUCAAAGCUCAUGGGAAGUAUACCUGGUAUGCCUACAGAAAUGCUGGCUGGCUCAGAAGAAGAAGGUGGAAAGCGUAUAAAGCGCAUGAUGUGUAUUAUGGAUAGUAUGACUGAUCAAGAAUUGGAUGGUGAUUCCAAGGUAUUCGAGAAGGAUCACUCAAGAGUCAUUCGUGUUGCUCGUGGAUCUGGUACAAGUGUACAUGAAGUUGAAGAAAUCUUGUCCCAGUAUAAGCGAUUUGCAGAGAUGGUCAAGACUAUGGGUGGUAAGGGAGGCUUGCUUAACAACAUGCCCACAGAUCCUCGUAAGGUCAAUCCCAACCAAAUGGCAAGCAUGGCAAAGAUGCAGCAGCAACUUGCCAAUAUGGUUCCUCCACAAAUGAUGCAACAGAUGGGAGGCAUGGAAGGUUUACAAAAGAUGGCAAAACAGAUGGGUGGUAUGUUUGGCGGUGGAGGAGGUGGAGGAGGAUUCCCUGGUAUGGGAAGAGGCGGUGGAAUGCCCGAUUUUAACCAAAUGAUGAAGGCAAUGAAAAACUUAAAGUAA